AUGAUAUUACUAUUACCAAUUAACAAAUUAAAUGAUAGUGUAGGUAAAGGCCGUGAGGCCUUCGGGAACGCCGUGACUCAGGUGGAGGGGAAGACGGGAGAAGUGACUACGGAAUUAGGUGAGUUGAUUGGUAAAUUAUCAUCUGAUGCAGGUGGACAAUACUUUCAAGAGGUGAAGAACCGUGGAGGCGAGGGCCUGGAGAAGCAACUCAACAAGUGGAAGACAACGAUCCAGAGGAUCGAGGAGGACGUCACGGACAUAGAAAAACAACAAAUUAAUAUACUAGAUAAAUCACUUAGCACACGAAUAAUGAAUGAAUAUAUGCCUGUGAAAAAGUGGUUGCGCACUUAG